UGGCGAAGAGAUUAUUUGUGGCGAUAAGAUUGCAAGGUUCCUUGAUAAUAAAUAGUAAUUAUCGCUGACUUCGGAAUAAUUAAAACAAUCGGUAUGGCAAGAUUAUCUUGUGUUUGCGAUAAGGGCUCCUUGUGCGCCGAUUGAAACAGUCUUAGUUCGCAAUGUGAAUGCAUUGCGCGUUUGCAUUGUACUUGGUAAUGUUAACUUUACAAGUAUAAAUAGUAAAUAUGGUGCUGUGUCCGCCGUUCAAAUGGGCGUCUAAGGGAGGAUUCAACCUGGCUACACCCGUGCGAGAGCGCGAUGACUCGGUGCAGCGACGAGAAACCAUUGUAAGUGUCGGCGUUCAAACAGCUAAUAAAUACAUCUUUUCAUUGUUUUACAUGCCAGGAGCAUUGUUUUACAUGCCAGGAGCAUUGUUUUACAUGCCAGGAGCAUUGUUUUACAUGCCAGGAGCAUUGUUUUACAUGCCAGGAGCAUUGUUUUACAUGCCAGGAGCAUUGUUUUACAUGCCAGGAGCAUUGUUUUACAUGCCAGGAGCAUUGUUUUACAUGCCAGGAGCAUUCUACUACCACCAAGAAAAGACAGAACAAAUGCUCGUUGGAGUUUCGAGAUUUCCCAAUACUGUUCCUGACGCUCCAAAAACCGAAAAUACUGUUAUCAAUGGAAACGGUUCACAAUACAAAAAAAGUAUUACAGUACCAGUAGAACCCUCAGGAUCUAGUAAGAAAUCAAGUUAUAUGAGUGUUCAAAGCACCUACAGCAACCUCAGGGACUCAGAUAGUGAAUAUAUGGAGGAAAGAAAAAGUAGCACUGGCCGAAAGACUGUAUCAGACUUAGUUCAGACUGAUCCGGAAAGACGCGAGCGAAGAAAGCGAGGCAUAAUUGCACCGCAACCACCUUUGGAAUCUGGAAGACUACUGACUGACUUGAAUUAUGAAAAGUUUGCUAAAGAUGAAAAAUCGGCGGAACUAAUAAAAAAAGCCAUAAUGGCCAAUGACUUUUUAAAAAAUAUAAUGGAUGAGGACCGACUACUUGCAGUUGUUGAUGCAAUGAUUCCUCAAGAAUUUCCAGCUGGUAGUCUAAUGAUACGAGAAGGGGAAAGUGGAAGUCAUCUGUUUGUUUCAGCUUUUGGACAGUUCGAAGUUUUAAAAGGAGGUCAAGUCGUAAAAAACUUUGGUCCUGGAGAAGCAUUUGGAGAACUUGCAAUUUUAUAUAAAGCCAAAAGAUUUGCUUCUAUUCGAUGUAUAACGGACGCGAAAGUAUGGACGCUAGAGCGACGAGUUUUUCAAAAGAUUAUGGUACGCAGCGGCCGCCAGGAACAGGAAGAUAACAUACGUUUCUUGUCAUCCGUACCUCUUCUACAAGGCAUUCAUCCUAUAGAACUUGCUAAGAUUGCAGAAUUUUUAAAAAGGGAAUUCUUUUCGGCUGGAACCGUUGUAGUGCGACAAGGUGACCGUGGCGACAAAUUCUACAUAAUUCGUGGUGGCACAGUGGUAGUGACGAAACGGGAAGAAGACGGAGGCGAGAUACGCGUAAGAACUCUUCGAAGAGGCGAAUAUUUCGGCGAACAGGCGCUACUACACGAAGACCGUCGCUUGGCCAGCGUCACUGCUCUUCCACCUGGCGUGGAAUGUUUAACACUAGAACGCGGUCCUUUCACAGAAUUAUUGGGUAAUUUGGACGAGUUGAAAAAUGUGAGGCAUUCAGACCCAAGACCUUCCCAGCAGAAGAAGAUAUCUGUUGUGAAAAGCGAAUAUGAGUUUGUGGAACUGAAAGAUCUUGAGAUAAUCGGUACGAUGGGUGUGGGUGGUUUCGGACGCGUGGAACUAGUUCAGUAUAAACGUAAUCCUUCACUGACCUUUGCAUUGAAAUGUCUUAAAAAAGUAGACAUGGUACAGCAACAGCAACAAGAGCACGCUUUCAAUGAGAAAAAUAUUAUGAUGGUGUGCAAUAGCAGAUUUAUAUGCAGAUUAUAUCGCACAUUUAAAGACAAUAAGUACAUAUAUUUCUUAAUGGAGCCCGUGUUGGGCGGUGAUGUUUGGACCAUACUGCAAAAGCACCGGUACUUCCCCGAAAACAUCUCUCGCUUCAUGGCCGCUUGCGUGGUCGAAGCUUUUCAGUAUCUACACUCUAAAGACAUCAUAUACAGAGAUCUUAAGCCGGAGAACCUGAUGUUGGAUAAACAAGGCUACAUCAAAUUAGUCGAUUUCGGUUUCGCUAAGAGAUUACCUUCAAAUAGCAAAACUUGGACUUUCGCCGGUACUCCUGAGUAUGUCGCACCGGAGAUAGUGCUCAAUAAGGGCCACGACCGCGCCGUUGACUGCUGGGCUCUGGGCGUGUUCGUUCACGAGCUGCUGGUGGGUAAGCCGCCGUUCCGCGCGGCGGGCGGCGACCACAUGAAGACCUACACGCUCAUCCUGCGCGGCAUCGACGUCGUGGCCUUCCACCCACGCGUGCCCAAGUCCGCCCAGAUACUCAUUCGGAAGCUGUGCCGCGCCGUGCCCGCCGAGCGCCUCGGAUACCUCAAGAAUGGCAUCGCCGAUAUCAAGAACCACAAAUGGUUCCUAGGUUUUGACUGGGAAGGUUUACGCGAAGGCAAGCUGAAAGCGCCUCUGGUGCAACCCGUCACCAACGACCUAGACUUGUCUAACUUUGAGAAGUAUCCCAAAGACAAGUUACCGCCGGAUGAGACCUCCGGGUGGGAUAUCAACUUUUAAGUUAACAGUCUAUUUAUUAUUGUUUUAGACACAUACUUGUAGUUAAUUAAAUAAAAAAUUUAUCACUUGAA